GUAAUCUCGUCGUCUUCAGUCAUUCUACAAGUGAAGCACUAUAUGAGCAAGCGUGCUGCAAGAGAAGCAACGGGUUCUGUCAGUUCAAGUAGACCAAGAGUAUAGGAGAUCCAGAGUUUAGAGCACUUAUGGAUUUAAGAACUCUUCUGUGGCUUCAUAUUCUGAUCAUUAUAAUAACGAUAACGACUUCCAUUGCCGGAAAGAGAAAAAAGCCAGGAUCUAAGACUCAUGUAACGCACGUGGUUGUCGACAGAACAAGUCCGAAAUCACUGACACAUGACAUUAUUUCAAACUCCGUAACAAAUACCGUCUCAAAAGAAAAAAACUACGGAAUCUAUUCAAAACGACGCCUAAAGGGAAAGCGACUCACUGUCAAAGGACUCAGACGACUUAUCCAGAAAAGGAAAAAAAUCCUAAAUGAAAAAAAGCGCAGAAGAGUUCUAAAAAGACUUCGCAAGGAGCUCGCGAUGUUAAAGAGUUUGAUGAGAAAUUCAAGAAAAAAGUGCAAAUCUUCUCAAGGCUGUGGGAGAAAUGAGUGUUGCAUAAAAUUUACUCAAAAAGGAUAUGGUAGAUGUAAAAAGCGGCCAAAACUUAACCAAAGAUGUAAACCUGCUUUAAUGCCAGGUAUUGAUAUAGAGUGUCCAUGUAGAAUCGGACUGACUUGUGCCCCUUUCAAGAAAAGCAAGAGUGGGAAUAUAAAAUUUCACUGCGAAGCUUUAAAAUAUAUUGAUGAGGAGAUUGAAGCUUAUUCAGUAACAGGAUUGGGAAGAUACAAGCGGUGAAAAGACUAUACGUUUGUAUAAAGAACUGGAUGGUAUGCUAUAUAUUAUAUAUAUGUAUAUAUGUGUGUGCGUGCGUAUUCAUAAGGUGCAACCACAUUAUAUAUGAAUAACAGUGAAACAUCGCCAAAUUUGUUGAUCCAACAAAAGAAGCUAGUAAGGAAUGCUUUGUUAUCAUCAACAAACAUGGCGGCUAUGACGUAAUAUGCACCCCAAAUAUAAUAUAUAUCAGGUGUAUAUUAUUUUUAGGACAUACACAUGUCUGUGCUAACCUAAUGCCAUGACGCAAGAGUGGUGCAUAUUUAUGGGUAUUACACUGCAUUUUAAUGCUAAAUUUAAACCAUCGGCAUGCUGGACAAAACAGUUAUAUGGUGACUGUAAACUUACAAGGGCUAAUUAGGGCUGAUAUGAUGAGAAAAUAUCCAUACCUCACCACAAUGCAGUACUCUGGGCUCCCAAGAGGGCUCCCAAGAUUCUAUUGCUCUGAUCUAUUACUUUCUCCUCGCCUUAUCUCGCAAUGAGGAAGAGCAUAACCAAAAAGUACCUUUAGAGGAAGGGUGGAACCUAGGUUACCAUGAACAGGAUUAUUAGAAGUUCCAUGCAUUAUUGAAGGGUAUGUACCUAUAUCAAUAGCCGUUGUCAUCUUCAAUAGGCAAUAGGCAAAAGGCGAAAAGCGAUAGGAGAUAGGUUAUUCCAAGAUCCAAGAAUAUAUGGCAUGACUUGUGUUUCUGCUUCUUAUUCUCUCAAAAACAAGGACCUUAUAGUUGAGACUGAUUCAUUGUUCUUCGUAUUAAACGAAGCCAUUUCAAUGUCGGAAUGGCCUAUCGCCUUUGGCGAUGACAACGUUUAUUGACGUAGGUGUAUAUGCCUGGAGUACUAAUAUAAGAGGUGCAGAUAUUUUCUAGAGCUAUAUAAUAUGAUUCAGUGAUACUCUCACAACGUACAUCGCGAAAAAAGGUUUUAUUGAGAAUAUAUUGCGACAAAUCAAUAAUGUAAUGUCUGUUAUUUUUAUCAACAAGGCUUAAUUUUUUAGUCUAAAUUCUCAAAAUGCAAAAACAGAAUUUUAAGGAGUUUUUAGCAGAUUUAUUUCUAAGUGCUGUGUUUUGAUCUAUAGAUCAGCAAUCUUACAACAGUUUCCAGCCAACUCCCUUCAUAAAUAAUUAACAAAUACUGCCUUUGAGUCAAAGGGUGAUUAAAGGAGAGACUUUACCUGA